AAAUAAAAAAAAAACUAUAAUUGAUUAAAGUGUAAAAAAAUUACACUAACAGUGUAAGACAUGGAAAUUGGUUCACCGAUUUGUCUCCGCCAUGGACAUAGACAUGUUCACAGAAAUGUUCGUAUCUCACUGUCAACAACAACACCAACGUUAUUAUCAACAAAAUCUGAAAACAGCAUGUUUAUUCUAGGAUUGGGAUUUGUCGGCCAAACCCUUGCACGCAAACUUCAAAACCAAAGAUGGACUGUAUCUGGGACUUGCACAACACAUGUAAAGAAGAAGAAGCUUGAAGAUAUGGGGUUUCAUGUUCACCUCUUUGAUGCAAACCACCCUGAACAAUUAUUUUGCAGUCCGAGUAUCCUACAACAACUGAGAAAUUAUACUCACUUUCUUGUUUCGGUCCCCCCUGUUGUGGGCAUUGGUGACCCGAUGCUUCAGCAUGAAGAACUUAUAAGAAGCUCUUUAGUCAAUGGGGAUCUUAAGUGGCUCAGUUACUUGUCUUCAACCAGUGUGUAUGGAGAUUGUGAUGGUGAAUUGGUAGAUGAGGAUUAUCCUACAAAUCCAGAAAAUGAGUCAGCUAAAUUAAGGUUAAAUUCUGAACUAGGCUGGUCAAAUUUGGCUCACCAUAUCGGGCUCUCACCACUACUAUUUCGAUUGGGAGGUAUCUAUGGCCCUGGUAGAAGCGCCGUCGAUACAAUAAUCAAGCAGAAGCCCUUGUCAGAAGGUCAGAAGAGGAGAAAACACCGAAAAUAUACGUCCAGAGUUCAUGUCGAUGAUAUCUGUCAGGCACUUAUGGCUACUAUUGACGCACCUUCUUCCUCCAGGGUAGUUUACAAUAUUGUCGAUGAUGAUUCAGCUCCAAGGGAAGAAGUAUUUGAAUAUGCAAGGAAAUUGGUGGAGAAAAAGUGGCCAGACUUGAACUUGCAACAUCUGGAGCAGAAAGACUGGUCAAUUGUAAAAACAAGAAAUAAAAGGGGUGAGAAGAGAGUGUCAAAUGCCUUGAUGAAGAAGGAACUUGGGGUGCAACUACUUUACCCUGAUUACAGAUCUGGUUUGCAGAGUAUAAUUGACCAGAUAGAAAACCCUUUUAUUUGUAACUGAUUAUAUUUUGAUAUUGUGACUUCAAAAUUUUGAUGUCAAGUAGAACAACAUUCUUUGAUUUUUAUGUGUAUUUUUAAAAUGUGUGUAAAUCUUAGAAAAUAGUAAAAAGUAAGAUAAAGAUAAGCAUAUAUGGUAUCACUGUGUUUGUAUUUUAAUGUUCAAAUAACACAACUCUUUGGUUAA